CUUUUCAUACAACGUUCAGAGCGCGGUGAAAUCACUUUCAGAAGCCCUGCCGCGCGGAUGAAUACAUAGUCCGGCCGAACUGCAAGUAAUAAGCAGAUGGUAGCCAUUUUGGUUGUGAACAAAGAUAUUGGCAAUCUUUUUUCGGGAUUAAAUUCUCCUUAAGUGCUCAGUCUGCAGUUAAUUCCCAUCACGCGUUACUAUGCUCCAGCAACUCUCUUAUGUGUAUUCGUAGCCAUGGCCGAUAGAAGGAAACUCCAAGGAGAAAUAGAACGGUGUUUAAAGAAAGUAACCGAAGGCGUGGAGCAAUUCGAGGACAUUUGGCAAAAGGUCUACAAUGCAACUAAUACGAACCAAAAAGAAAAGUAUGAGGCCGACCUUAAGAAAGAGAUUAAGAAGCUCCAGAGGUUACGAGACCAAAUUAAAACAUGGAUGGCGUCUAGCGAGAUCAAGGACAAGCGGAUUCUUAUGGAUAACCGGAAGUUGAUAGAGACGCAAAUGGAGAGGUUCAAGGUGGUCGAGCGGGAGACGAAGACCAAGGCGUACUCGAAGGAAGGCCUGGGCGGUGCGCAGAAGGUGGACCCCGCCCAGAAGGAGAAGGAGGACAUCACCAUCUGGCUCUCCAACUCCAUCGCCUCGCUCAACAUCCACGUCGACCAAUUCGAGAGCGAGCUCGAGUCCCUAACUAUUGGCGUCAAGAAGAAGAAAAACGACAACCAGGACCGAGUAGACGAGCUUAAGACGCUGCUGUCGAGGCAUCGGUACCACAUCCUGCAGCUCGAGACCCUAAUGAGGAUGUUGGACAACGGCACGGUCGAGGUGUGCAAGAUCAAGAAGAUCAAGGAGGAUGUCGAGUACUACAUCGAGUCUUGUCAGGACCCGGACUUUGAGGAGAACGAGUUCCUGUACGAUGACCUAGACCUGCGGGACAUGGCGGACUUCCUGACCAAGGCGAGUGCAGCCACGACAGGCCUCGAGCACGCGGACAACUGCAUCCUGGACUCCGCGACGCCCAAUGCCAACGACGAAGUGCCGGGUGCGGAAACGCCCGCCUCCACCAACUCGAGCUCACCGGUGCCUAGCCCAGGGCUCACCAAUCAUUCCAGGUCCAGUGAGCAGAGCAGUCAAGUGGUCAAAACGGCGCGGAGUGUGGUGGCCAACUCCGGCGUCGUCAACGCGACGGUCAACAGCAAGGCACCGGCACCCAUCACCUCUCGGAACAACAGCACAUCGUCACAGAGCAGCAGUAACAGUUCGCCAUCAGUCAACUCCCAUCAAAAUCAUGCGGUGGUAUCUCCACCACUAACGCCCUAUGCCGUUGCAGCGGCAGCGAAUGCCAAAGGCACGCCCUCCCCUCCGCCGUCGACGGCACCCUCCAUCGACGGAGCGGCCACCGUGGACCAUCAGGGCCAUUUCCACCGGGCACCCUCGCCCACACAGCACAACAGCACCAAUGCCACCACAAACAACAGUGGGUCACAGCAACUGGCGCACAGCGGGCCGACGUUGGCGGACCACGGCAGCACAGUGUCAUCUGCGGCAGCUUCCUUGUACGCGUCGUUGGCGAGUUCUCAAGGCCGGCCAAGCUCGCCCACGGCGCCGUCGAUACUGCACAUGAAUGGUCCCAUGGUCGACAAGAGCGGGGACUCCAUGUCGUCGCUGAAGUCUAUAGCGGAGCAGGCGGUACUAAAUGCUGGCCUCGAGGGUCGUCUACAGUCACCAUCAUCGCAACAGCAGCAACAGCAGCAGCAGCAGCAGCAGCAGCUUCAACAAUCCUCGCUCCAGCAGUCACUUCAGACACUUCAACAACAGCAGCAGCAGCAGCAGCAGCAGCAACAGCAGCAAGUGCAGUCAUCGUCGUGUGAGCGAAGUAUGUUCGAGUCCGUCGUGGGCAGCAAGGAAGUUCCGCGGCCACAGCAGCAGCAACAGCAGCAACCCGCACCGACGGCAGAGGCACACAUCCCGCCCCUAAGAGGCGUGGCCCCCUUAGGCCCCGCACCUUUGUCCAAGGAGUGCUUCUACCAGCUGCGGCUGCUGGAGGCGGCCUCCAUGCACAUGCCCCACCCGUCGGACUCCGAGCGGCUUAGGCCUUACCUUCCGCGGAACCCGACGCAGGUGCCCAGUUACUACCCACAGACCUUGCCUCACUGCGACACGGUGGAGUUCUUCCAGAAGCUGUCCACCGAGACGCUUUUUUUUGUAUUCUAUUACAUGGAGGGAUCCAAGGCACAGUACCUGGCAGCCAAGGCCUUAAAAAAGCAGUCCUGGAGGUUCCACACCAAGUACAUGAUGUGGUUCCAGAGGCACGAGGAGCCCAAGACCAUCACGGACGAGUACGAACAGGGGACGUACAUCUACUUUGAUUACGAGAAGUGGAGUCAGAGGCGCAAGGAAGGUUUCACGUUCGAGUAUAGGUACUUAGAAGACAGAGAUCUGAACUGAGUGGGGUCUUCUUCGGCGCCCAGUCGUGCAGCCUCGGCCCCCGGACACUCUUCAAACUCCAGCAGCCUGUGUCUCUGCUCCCCUACCGCUGCGACCCCCCACGCUCCAUUGUCGGCGUUCGUCAUUUUCUAGUUUUUUUUUUUGCAACCCCUCGACGACUUCGGUUUUAUUUUAUUGUGGUUCUUUUUUUUCCCUUAAUGCACCGUUGCGCUGUUUUUCGUUUCUCGUGUAGUCCUCCUUGGGCACAACCGAGCGCACUUUAACUCUGUGGAUUUUUUUCUUUUUCUGCAAUGUUUUUUUUUUGUUGUUGUUGUCGCUGCUCGAUUGUCGCUUUUCGGCAUCAUCGUCACACCCGUGCAGGGGGACUGCGUGUGACAAAACGAAAAACACUGUAACAUCCUGCUAGUAUUUUUUAUAUUUUUUUUUUCAUCGGAAGAAGAGGACCAUACGUUGUUGUGCCGCAUUUCUCGGACUCGGCAAGCCAUCAACGCCGCCCACCACUUCGCCGGGGGACAACACACACACAAAAAACAAAGCCUGCCAACGUUUUUUCGUCGUGCCGUAGUAGUGUUCAAGUCUUGAACUAUUUUUUUCAUUAAUUUUUUUUCUCUCUUCUGGCCUGUUGUUCGUUGUUUCUAUAUUUAUUUUUUACGUUCGCUACCUCUCUGGUCUUCUUCUUCUUUGCUCAUCACAAAACAUCCUCGGGGGGUUUCUUUAAGAAAAAAAGUGAAUGAGAGUGACUCGUCACAUCAGCCACAUUGCCACACCAAACCCCCUCCCCCUGUAUUGCAGCCUCUGUGGAAUGAACUUUAGAGUGAGCUGGGCAGCAGGGCACUCGGGAUUUAUGCGGCCGCCCGCCCGCGUCGGGGACGUCGCCGCGGAGCAUUAAUCGGCUCCGCGCACGCUUCCAGGAUGCGCCUGGCGAGAGGCAUCGGGCAUGCACGGAUGUUGUGGAGCAGAACGACGUCGAUGUACAAAUUUACGGUGGCAAAACUAGGGAAUGAAAGGAUUUUUGAAACGGACAAGCAAACGGUGUGUGCGUGGCCAACUGGCAACCGGCCGUGCAUCAUUUUAAUUUUUUCAGUACAAAAACGGAGUGCUGUGAUUGUUGAGAAACGAUUUUGAGAAGCUUGGGAAGGAGGGUGAUUUGUCCACUCCUUGACGUUCCCUCCCCAGGCAUAUCGCAGAAGGCCAAAGUUGGGUCUAGAUUUUAGAAUAUGCAACCAGCAAGUCCAUUUAAAACGACUGAAAUUGAUUCAUACGCAAAAGUGAAGCUCAGCAAUGUAGAGGUCCUUCAGGUGCUUCUGUUAACGCUUUCCAUCUCUUCUCUGUUAUAGCCUUCUCUGCAUCUUUUUUUUUAUAUUAUUAUUAUUGUAUCUGUCCCUUCAGCUUUCAUCUUGUAUGAUAAGCUUCAGUACUUUUUGAUAACUACUGCAAACACAAAAACAUGCUCUACCCUACGUCGUCAACAUAUCCUGCCAUUCUUUAGUUUCCCCAUCAUCUUGAGCGUCAUUCACAGCACAUGUACAUAAAGAAAAAAAACAUUUUUCAAUCUUUUUUUUUUUCUCUCUUGCUUUCGCCACACAUGCACAGUUUGCAGAAGCGAAUGUAGGUCAUCUCUUGCUGAACAGGCGCAUUCAUUUCGUAUUUCCUCGGAGUAGUGUAGCAAGAAAGUCUGGCCGUCGUUGACAUGCGCAUCGAUUCUUUUCUUCCUCUUUUUGUUCGUCUAAAAACCAACAAGUUCUGCACUGUUAUUCACUCUCCAAUGAGUCAAAGUAACGUACCCAGCUGUUUUCGCAGAAUCGUUGCACCGUUAAAAUGAGUUCGGGAAAACAUCUUCACAAGUAGUGGUUUGUAGCAAGGGGUAGUGAAAGGCGGGUCGCUCUGCGUCGAAAUGUUUUCUUUCUAGUACGUUUUUCCUCAUGCCCAAAGUUUCUCAAAAGACUAGUCUCGCUUGCGGAAAGGCCGAAAGAAAAAAUUGCAAAUGGCGCCACUUCAAUCGUCGCAGAGCAUCGUUGACGUGGACGCGUCGCUCUCCACGAAUCAAAUUUAGGACUGGCUGCUACGAAGUGCUCCGUCAUUGGCUGAAGCUCACGAUAGUGUCGGUCCUGUGUUCCUUUUCGUGCACAAUGCGGCUGCUUAUGUUGAAUGAGUCCUCACUUUAGUUUGCCGCGCCUGGCUUGUCCGGGAGAGCAAAGUCCGGUGCUGGUUCUGGAAAAGGAGAAAGCGUGUAAAUGUAAAUAUGUGCGUGACAGUGUACAUAUAUAUCUAUUAUGCACGUGCGUUAUAUAUAUAUAUAUAUAAAUAUAAAUACUAAGAAGCCCAUUUGAUUAUUGCCGUGGCCUUCUCGGACUGCGCUGGCAGCGAAGGUUUUUACGGAAGUGUGGGGCUGGUUGCGGCUGCAUUUAAGUUUCCGUAAUCUCUCUUUUUCCUGAUGUGCGACCACCACACCAUCAUGGUUCUUAUUUCGUUCUCCUGGGUUUCACCUAUUUCGAGAAAAACUGUUGCGGGUCUGCUUGGAACACUGCGUAAUCAUUGGCUCGACGCCAUCAUAGUCUUUGUAGUGCCUUCAGCAUGUGGUGUGGGGAGUAAUAAGUGAGCCGGCAUUGCCGGGUGAAGGGUGCAUUCGCGAAGACGUAUCUGGAACUGAAAAGGAAGCACACAUAAGUCUAGUGAAGCUGUGAUUUUAACUGCUGGCGAUCGCACGGUUGAGGUGCAUUUUGAAUUGUUGCCGCACAGUUGAGGUGCAUUUCGAAUUGCGGCGCUUUUCUUCUACGUUGGACACUCCGCCCGUCAACUGUGGUGGUUGAAGUGGGACCAGCGAUGUAGACUGGGUCGGGUCGGGGAUGAAGUCCUCGGGGAAUUUUUCUUGUUUCUUUUUGCCAGCGCAGUCGAAGGGUCACCGUGCCCAAGCACUGGACUUUGGUUUUCUGUCUUGCCUUGUGCGUUGUCUCUAUUUUGUUUUUUACGCUGUCAACCGUAAUAGCUUCUUUUAGAUGUUUUUCGGGGCUUCAGAUAUCCGUUGAUAGAAAUUGGUGAGAGUAGAGGUGCAGUCUCGUCGCUUGGUGGUUGUGUUUGUCGAGAAGCAAAUGUGGGCCUGCGAAAUUUUUACCCAGUCGUCCGCCUAUCAGUUUAAAUGCUCGAUGCUCUUGCUGGCAGCGGAAAGGCAGUUAUGUGAUGAAAGGUGCGUUUUAAAUGUACACGGCUGGUUGCCACUGCGCGGCCAUGUAGUCUUCUUUUUAAUGCUCCAAAAUUUAUGUGAUUAAAAAGAAUGUAUAUUUAACAUGUAACUAGGAUGUACAAAAUUUCUUUUACAGUUAAAUAAUAACAAUAAUGACGUAAGAUGCAGCGCUCCAACAACUCAUUCUGUGUGUCCCUUUGGUUUUUGUGUUGAUGGCUUCGAAGUGCUGCUGCAAAAGGCGACGGUCUUGGAAGUCUGGCGCACUAAAAUCUGGCCGUGCUCUGCAUUACACCGGCCAUCGUAAGAUUCUCGAAAAUUAAAUUUGUGCCAAUUCAGGGGGAAAAAAUGACUAAAAACGAAAUUCUUACACCUUCUCAAAAAUAAAGAAAUUGUGAUCAGUUCGAAUUCUUGAUUCAAAACUACCGAGCAUCAACGAACAAAUGUACAUAAAAGAACACAGUCACGUAGACUGUGGGGGGGGCUAAAAGUACAUUGACAAAAAUCAAAGAUUUCCUGCGUAGAACUUGCUGCAUAUUUGCAGCAGCAUGUGCCUACGCAUGAUUUUCUUCAGCUCAUCAAGGUCGUGGCCCACUGCGGGAGCACUUUUGGAGGAGGAGUUGGUUCGAACGCUGUUGCAAUCUGAGUAAAAAAAACGCAAAAAAGGGGAAUAGUAAUGGUGUGUGUGGAAAAGGGUGCUUUUUUGAGGGAGUUGGUAAACCGAGCCAAAAAAAAAGCACGCGGGUGUGUUAAGAAUUGCGUAAAAGGGGAGGGAGGGUUGUUGCCUGGGGUUUAAACGAAACUAUAUAUCCGAGGGGCCGUGGUUCCACCAAGGGGUUGUCAAGGGAACACAAGGUUUUUGCAGAUCUCGCCUCGGGGCACUGUGUAAAUAAAUAUUUCAAUAGGGGGGGCCGGAGAAGCCGUGCGUUUCCCAGUCCCCACUUUGGAGUCUUUGGACUUUAAAAGUCCCCCCCCAUGUGAAUGAAAGAGGUCGAAAAAUAAAAAAAAUGAACUUUUUUUCGUUCGUGAAAAGA